UCUGGGCAUGAAGGUGGAAUUCUUGGAGAUUUCUGCCCAGCAAGCUGAUACUCUAGAGCCUCUGAAAGCUUGGAUCAAAUCUGUGGCUUAGAUGGAAAUACAAUCUAAAGAAAAGAAAAUUGGAAGAGUUGCAAGAUUAUGUCUGAAAUAUUGGUCAUGGGUCCUGACAGAUUAUUCAUUUAUGUUCUCUUUAGAUAACUGUUUUUAUUAUGUGAAAAUUGUGAAAAUAUAUUGUUGUGUAUUGUUACAUGUUCAAUUUGUCCAUUGUUAGUUGUUAAUAUGUCCAAAGGUUGUAUUUUAUAAUUUUUAUAUUUUCAUUUUCGGGCCAAUUUUGUAUUAUUUGUUGACGAAUUAACCUUGGAUAUUUUUUCAAGAACAGCAUUGUACUAUUUUAGUGUGUUGGCGUCAGGUUUCUUGUAUUAGGUCAUUGGCUUGUGGUGCCCCAGUCUGUGAUUGGUUCCCAGUCUUUCGUUAUCAGUCUCGACUUAUCUAUCUUUGGUUUCUUGUCUUUCGUUACCGAACUCUUGUUUUCUGCAUUUCCAUUAUCUUUCCGGUCUUGGUUGUCCACUCACUCAUAAUCGGUCUUUGGUUUCCUGUGUUUCGUUAUACUGAUCUCUGGUUGAGGUUCGUUACCGGUCUCUGGUGUCCUCUUAUUCAUUACCGGUCCCUGGUGUCUGGUCUUUUGUUCAAGGUCUUUGAUGGACGUUCAAUUUAAUUCUUGGUUUCCGGUCUUUUGUUUCCGGUUUCGUUUCCCUGACACUUGUUUCCGGUUUCUGGUUUGCGUUCUCCAGUUUCCAUUUUUUGGUUACUCUUAUUCGGUUUCCUCUCUUUGGUUACUUCUAUUCGGUUUCCUCUCUUAGGUUACUUCUAUUCGGUUUCUGUUUUUUUGGUCUCUCUAUUAUUGAUUAAAUAAUUUUAUUCAGAUCAAAAAUGGGAGGGAUUCGACGAAGGGGAAAGAACAAUAAGCCCAGAAGAGACAGGCCUACUCCUGUAUAUGAUGAGUCAGGACAACGGAUAGAUGAUCGGAACACAGAGGAAGGGAAGAAUAGAGGUUACAAGGAUAUAGUCCGUGAAAAUGUAGGGUUUGUUGACUACUACAGAACACAGAACAUCUGUCCAAAGGAGGAAUUUGAUGCUAUGAUACAGUCUCUCCAGCAAGAUUUACCGGCUUCUUUCCGUAUUACAGGAUUCAGGUCCCAGACAAAACCCUUGUUGAAGAUCAUGGAGGGAGAUUACUUCCAGGAGUUCACUGAGCUAGAGAAGAAAGGAGGGAAGGUUGUAGUACCAACUUGCCUGGAAUGGUACCCGGACCGUAUGGCUUAUCAACUGAAUGUUACCAGAAAGGAUAUUCGGCGGGAUGAAAUCUACUUCCGCCUUCACAACUUCCUCGUGGCAGAGACAGAGACUGGGAAUACAUCUAGACAGGAGACUGUUUCUAUGAUACCCCCCUUAGUUCUAGACGUUAAACCUCACCAUAAGAUUCUCGAUAUGUGUGCUGCUCCUGGAUCUAAAACAGCUCAGCUUAUUGAAGCUCUGCACCAGGAUGAGGGAGGUUUACCAACUGGAUUCCUGGUAGCGAAUGAUGCAGAUAACGCCAGGUGUUACAUGUUGACCCAUCAGGCUAAGAGAUUACAGUCCCCAUGUGUAUUGAUUACAAACCAUGAUGCCGCGAUCAUGCCCAAUAUGAUGGUCAAGAAAUCACCCCAGCUGUCUCAGGACCCUGAGUUAGUUCCUCUCAAGUUUGAUCGAAUCCUCUGUGAUGUUCCCUGUACCGGAGAUGGCACUAUGAGGAAGAACCCUGAUAUCUGGCCUAAAUGGAAUGUGAUGAAUGGACCUAAUCUCCACGGACUACAAUAUAGAAUACUUAAACGUGGUAUUGAACUUUUAGAGGUUGGGGGUAGGUUAGUAUACAGCACUUGCAGUUUUAAUCCAAUAGAAAAUGAGGCGGUUAUUCACAGACUGCUGAAGGAGGGUGAGGGUAGCCUGGAGUUACUAGAUGUAGAGUCCUUCCUACCUGGACUCAAGUACUCCCCAGGUCUUUCUAGCUGGAUACUAGCGGACAGACAGGGGAACUCCUAUACUAGUAUGGAGGAUGUACCUGAAAGCCUUGUCACUAUUAUCCGACCUCAGAUGUUCCCCCCAGCACCUGAAGAGGCUGCCAAGUACAACCUCAACAAGUGUAUCAGGAUCCUCCCUCAUCAGCAGAAUACAGGCGGGUUCUUUGUUGCUCUCAUUGGGAAGAAAGCUCUGGGAGGUUGGGAGAAGAAGGAAAAGAAGAACUGGGAAUAUAAGAAGGGAGCAGGGAAGAAUGGCAAUGAAGAUGUAAACGGAGCAGAAGACGAAGGAAAGAAUGGAAAGGAAGAAGAAGGAAAGGAAGGAGAUGGAAAGGAGAAUGAGAAGGAGGAGGAGAAGGGGCAUAACAAGCAUUACAGGGAGAAGGAUGGAGGGGGGCCUCCAAAGAAGAAAGGAAGAUAUCAAGGUUUCAGAGAAGAUCCAUUUACCUACCUUCAGGAAAAUGACCCUCUGUUUGCAACAAUUAAAUCUUAUUAUGGACUCGAACUUGAUUCAGAAUGUUUUCUACGGAGAAGUAAAGACGACAGCAAGAAGGUGUGCAAUCUCUAUUUUACAACUCUACAAGUUAAGGAUAUAGUUGAGAACAACAAGGAGAAAGUCAAACUGAUCAACACUGGUGUCAAGGCUUUCACAAGGUGCGAGAACAAAGGGGCUGACUGUGAUUUCAGAAUAGCCCAGGAGGGUGCAGUGAUGACGUUAAACUUCAUCAAGGAUAGAAGGUUGUUCCCUUCUCGACCGGAUAUGGAGAAACUUCUGCAGAGCUCAGAUUUUGACAAACCUCCGGAGAAUCAGGAUAUGUCUCCGGAAUUCAGGAAGCAGCUCGGAGCUUGCAGCACAGGCAGUGUAGCUCUCAUCUUUAUAGAUAAAGAUAAGGAUGGGGAAGAAUACCGAGUGGAAAUUAUCGGAUGGAAAGGAAAGAGUACAAUACGAGCCUAUGUACCGAAGAACGAGCGAGUACAUUAUCUACGUCUGGUCGGAGUUGAUGUUUCAAGAUUCGAGAAGAACAAAUUCCAGGAUAAGAAGAAGAGGAAAGGAGGAGAAGAUGGAGGAGAAGAAAUGAAAGAAGAACUGGAGAAGGAGGAGAAGGAGAAGGAAGAAUCUGCUGUUUCUUAAUUUAUUCUGAAAUACAAUCAUUAUUUUGUCAAAAUUUCCAUUUUAUAUUUGAUGAUAUUCAAUCUGCAAGCUCUAAGAAA